AUGAGCGGUGAUACAGGUAGUUUAAUCAGGUGCAACAGCAGGUGCUCGAAUGGUAAUACUGUGUCUAUCGAUAAUAUCGAUAAUCGCCGUUUAACUGAAAAACGUAGCCGGGACGAUGGAGACGAUGGAAAGGAUAUAACACAGAAAUUGGACGAACAAGGAAACGACACUGAGGAGGACGAGCUAACAAAUUAUGCACUUUCGCAAGAGGUAUUUUAUGAGGGAGUAAAAUUGCAAACGAAUUAUAAGCAAGAGAACAAAAUCAAGGAAAAUGUAUCUACACGCAAGGCAAAAAAACGUGUGAAGAGUACUACGAUCACGAAAAAUUCAAGGCCAAAAAAUGACGGCGAAAAUUCCUCUUUCGAUUUUAUUUCCUCUUCUCUUGAGGAAGACGAAAAAAUAGAUUUUGAUUUUAACAGCAUUGAAAAGAAGUUUCUCGAGAACUGA